GAGGAUGGUUAUCGCUGAUGCACCCGGAAGUCACCCUGCCGGUGCUUUCACAGUGAAGGAGAUUUGACCGAUACGUUGUGUUCCAUUAAUUAUGAGUCCUGUUUUGAAUGUCAGUUUAUUAAUAAAGGACGAUUUACUCCAAACAGCACAAGGCACAAUGUUUUAAUGUGACACAGCAAUGGCCCGCAGGUUCCUCUUACAAAUCUAUCACACUGGAUGCAUCACGUCCACAGUUAUUCCUGCAGUUGCUCGACUGGACCCACGGCUCAGCUAUGGGCAUGUGCCAAGGUUGAUCCACUGCAGUUCUGUAUUUUGCAAGAGCAAAUCGGACAAUACAAAUCUUCAGGAAAUAAUAGAGCUUGAGAGUGAGAAAAAGCCCAAGUCUUUGGUGACACAUGAUGAGCUGUUUGAGCGAGCAGCCAGAGAUGCAAAGUGCAAAGCCAGUUUCAACCGAGUGCUGGAAACCUUCAACAAGAAGGACAUUCGCCGGCGUGGGCAUGUGGAGUUCAUUUAUGCCGCUCUGAAGAAAAUGCCCGAAUUCGGAGUGGAGCGAGAUAUUACAGUCUACAACAAACUCUUGGACGUGUUUCCCAAAGAAGUAUUUGUGCCACGGAACUUUAUUCAGAGGAUGUUUAACCACUACCCCAGGCAACAGGAGUGUGGCGUGCAGGUUCUGGAGCAAAUGGAAAAUUAUGGAAUUAUGCCUAACAUGGAAACCAAAGUCCUCCUGGUUCAGAUCUUUGGUGAGAAGAGCCACCCGAUGAGGAAGUACCAGCGUAUCAUGUACUGGUUUCCCAAAUUCAAGAAUGUGAAUCCAUUUCCAGUACCUCACGACCUCCUGCAAGACCCAGUGGACCUUGCCCGCUUCAGCCUCACUCGCAUCGCUAAUGACCUGGAUGCAAAAAUUACAGUUCAUCAGUUUCCCUCAACACACAUUACAGAGGCAGGGGAAGAGAUCUCACAGCCAUAUGUUGUUGGCAUCCAGAGUCCAGAGCAGCGCAAUCUGCUUGCUAAGCACAACCCAAACAGACCUGUGUUCGUGGAAGGUCCCUUUCCUCUGUGGCUCAGGAAGACCUGUGUGCAUUAUUAUUUGCUCAGAGCCGACCCUAUUCCCCCCGAAGAGCAGGUAGAGGAGGAGCUCGACCCUGAGUUGACUGGUCCAGAGCAAAGCUUUUUCUUUCCCCAGUAUAUUAACCUUGACCUUAAGAAAGACUUGGGAGACGAUGACAGCUUUGAUGUGGAUGAAGUGGUGGAAGGCGCAGUCUAUGCCAUGUGCAUGACAGGGCAGAGCGAUCAGGCUACACUUGCACAGUGGAUCAGUGGACUGCAGGAGAACAAUCCAGUCCUAGGGAAGGUUCCCACUGUAUUUCGUCUUGAUUCUGGAUUCAGAGAACUGCAGAAAGUUGAAGAUAUUCGCCAUGAUCCUGGACAUGACCAACACCCAGGAGCUAAACAGGAGCACAUCAUAGAGGAGAAAGUGUUGCACUCGCAAGGUAUGAAACGGUGACUGGGCAACAAACAGCGGAGUUUAUGUUCUUCAAAAUUAGUCCAGGGCUAGACAAAGGCCUUGGGCUGGGGUUUGUCAUUUCAGUAAAUAAAUGCUGAUAACAUUAUUCAUUAAAUAAACUACGAUUUUUUGGAAGAAUAUCACAAGAAGAUGCUUUAUGUUAGCUCUCACAUAGAACUAAACAGAUUCAACUGAGGUGGACUGUAAAAUGUAAAAGUAUAUUUCAUUAAAGCUGGUGUUGAGAUCAUCACAUGGUCUACUGAAGAUUUUUGAAAUGUGACGGAUCAUGUUGACUGUAAUUACAAACUGUUGAUGUGAGAGUUAUCAGUGCAAUAAACAAGGUCUUUACA